GUGGUGGCAAGAUGGCCGCCUCUGGCACGCAAGGCCCGCAGGCGCCUAAGCUACCGGAGCUGCUAGAGCGGGACCCCUACCUGGCCCCCUUCGAGCGGGACUUCCAGCGCAGGUAUGCUCUGUUUUAUAAACGCUUGAAGAGCAUUGACGACAAUGAAGGAGGUCUUAAUAAAUUUUCAAAAAGUUACAAAUCUUUUGGAGUUAAUCAAUUUGUGGAUGGUGGAGUAUAUUGCAAAGAGUGGGCACCAGGUGCAGAAGCGGUGUUUCUCACAGGUGAUUUCAAUGGCUGGAAUCCAUUUUCUCAUCCAUAUAAGAAAAUGGAGUAUGGGAAAUGGGAGUUGUUCAUUCCACCUGGACAAGAUGGUUUUUCUCCUGUGCCUCAUGGAUCAAAGCUAAAGGUGGUGAUUCGUGCUCAAAAUGGCGAACUCCUCUAUCGUAUUUCACCAUGGGCAAGAUAUGUAGUCCGUUAUGAAGGCAAAGUGAAUUACGAUUGGGUACACUGGGAUCCACCACAGUCAUAUAUACGUAAGCAUCGUUCCCCCAAGAAAUUAAAAAGUCUGAGAAUCUAUGAAUCUCAUGUGGGAAUUGCUUCUCCAGAAGGGAAAAUAGCUUCUUAUAAAAACUUCACAUAUAAUGUACUACCCAGAAUAAGGGAUCUUGGCUAUAACUGUAUUCAGCUGAUGGCUGUUAUGGAACAUGCAUAUUACGCCAGCUUUGGUUAUCAGGUCACAAGCUUCUUUGCAGCAUCAAGCCGUUACGGAACUCCAGAUGAUCUGAAAGAAUUGAUAGAUGUUGCUCAUUCAAUGGGUAUCACUGUUCUGCUGGAUGUUGUGCACAGCCAUGCAUCAAAAAACUCAGAAGAUGGUCUCAACAAAUUUGAUGGUACAGAUUCUUGUUUCUUCCAUUCUGGACCUAGAGGAACUCAUCGGAUCUGGGACAGCAGGCUCUUUGAUUAUGCAAACUGGGAAGUUUUGAGAUUCCUUUUGUCCAAUCUGAGAAUGUGGAUCGAGGAUUAUGGUUUUGAUGGCUUCCGAUUUGAUGGUGUUACGUCUAUGCUGUAUCACGAUCAUGGGAUUGGCAAAGAAUUCAGUGGGGAUUACAAUGAAUAUUUUGGCCUAGAUGUGGAUGAAGAUGCUUUGUGUUAUCUGAUGCUGGCCAACCACAUGAUUAACUUCUUGCAUCCAGACUGCAUAACAAUAGCAGAGGAUGUUUCUGGAAUGCCAGCUCUUUGCCGUCCUGUUGCAGAGGGAGGAGGAGGAUUUGAUUAUCGACUAGCCAUGGCUAUUCCAGAUAAGUGGAUAAAGAUAAUUAAGGAGUUGAAAGAUGAAGACUGGAAUAUGGGCAAUAUUGUAUAUACAUUAACAAACAGACGAUGUGAUGAGAAAUAUAUUGCAUACGCAGAGAGCCAUGACCAGGCACUUGUUGGUGAUAAGACAUUGGCAUUUCGAUUGAUGGAUGCAGAGAUGUACACAAACAUGAGUGUGUUCACACCUCUUACUCCAGUUAUUGAUCGUGGAAUCCAGCUUCAUAAAAUGAUUCGCCUCAUUACUCACACGCUUGGAGGAGAUGGCUAUCUGAACUUCAUGGGUAAUGAAUUUGGGCAUCCAGAAUGGCUUGACUUCCCCAGAAAAGGGAAUAAUGAGAGCUUUCACUAUGCCAGAAGACAGUUCAAUCUUACUGAUGAUCAUCUUCUUCGCUAUAAAUUCCUAAAUGAGUUUGAUAGAGAUAUGAAUAAAUUGGAAGAAAAAUUUGGCUGGCUUGCAUCUCCUCCGGCUUUUGUGACUGAAAAGCAUGAAUCCAACAAGGUCAUUGCAUUUGAGAGAGCUGGUCUCCUUUUUAUUUUCAAUUUCCAUCCAUAUGAAAGUUACGUGGACUACAGAGUGGGUGUUGAAGUUCCAGGAAAGUAUAAAAUCCUUAUGGAUUCUGAUGCUUCAGAAUAUGGAGGACAUCAGAGGUUGGACCACAAUACAGAGUACUUCUCUGAAGAAUAUCCUCACAAUUAUCGACCUAAUUCAGUUAUGCAGUCCAAUUCACAGACCAGCUUCAGCCAACACUCCAGAAGAUGCCACAAGCACCUCAUAAAGGUGUACAUUCCAAGCAGAGUGGCUAUUGUGCUUCAGAAUACGGAUGUCCCACAGUGAAGAUCUCUGUAACUAUCACUGAAGAAGCAAGUGAUAGAAGUACUGAUACACUGUACUAUUACUAAGUGUAACAAAACUAGCUCUACUGAAUCUUUCUGAAGCUGAGUCUAGUAAUAUUAAUGUCUUUAAAAUGCAAGAUUAAUAUUCACAUGCAAAUUCAGAGGUCUGUGCUUGCUAGAACCUAUUUUGAGGAAACAUUAAGGAAGAGAAAGAAGAAUGUUGUCAUUUUGGUAAUAAAAAAUUUCACUAACAAUACUUCAUAACAGCAGGUAUUCUCAAUUAAAAUGUUGUUUACAGAAUUUUAUGAGGAAUAACACUCUUACCAAAAGUGAUCCUGCUCCAAUGUUUGUAAUUUCUUGAAAUCUUCUUUUUCAAAAAGUGAAUUAAAAUGCUCAUUAUGUGUAAAUGCUGCUUAUUGAUAGUGGUUUGCUUAAGUAAAACAGAAGUUUUUGGCUGAAAGGCAGUCUUAAGGAUUUGUGGGACCUAAUUGGAGGCUCCUCUUCUGCAAUGAGUUCUAACAUGCAAUUUAAGACAUUUACCCAAAUUAAUGAGAAGAUCCAUAAGAGUAUUGUACUCUGCCAUUUUUUAAUUUGAUUGAAAUUACAAAAAGGUGCUUAAGAACCAAGUGGACAAACAACUGACUGCUGACGUGCUGAUGCCACUGGGUUGCUUACUUGCUCUCUAUCAAAUCACUUAGUCUGUGCACCUCACUUGCUACAGCUGGGAAAAAGAAAAGAAAAGAAAAGAAAAGAAAAGAAAAGAAAAGAAAAGAAAAGAAAAGAAAAGAAAAGAAAAGAAAAGAAAAGAAAAGAAAAGAAAAGAAAAGAAAAGAAAAGAAAAGAAAAGAAAAGAAAAGAAAAGAAGGAAAAAAAGAUACCUAACUGUUUUAUUUACUCUGCUAAGGUCUUCACUAAGAAUGUUACACUGGAAAAUGUUCAAAAUACAUAAUUCAUCUUAUUCCUUUAAUUUCAGUGAUGUUAGGACUUUGUAAUACUGAUUUCACCAUUUCCAGAAGCUGCCUUUCAGUUUGGAAUGUGAGCUGCUUCUUGCACUUUUGUAAUUUCUAAAAUGUUUAUGUUUUGAGAAAAAGCUGUCUCAAAAUACAGUAAUCAAAGUUUUUUGUUGCUUUUUUUUUCAAUAAAAUCAAGAUAAUUAUUGGAAUGCUGCUAAGAUUGUUCAAGAGAAUUCUUUAAUAAGUAGAACUUUUCUUUUUGUAAGGACUAAGAUUCCCUAUAUUUGAAACUGUAUUGAGGAAUACUCUGAAAAAUUAAUACCAAUUUAGUGAAGUGUACUUCAUUUUGUUCCACUUGUUCAGAGGCAUAUUAGAAUGGGGUAUGAAGUGAAUGUCUCUUUUAUACAAGUCUGAAUUUUGUGACUUUAAAUUAGCCAAAGAGGAAGACGCCCGUAACCAUUUCAAAAAGUUUUUUUUCUUUGUUUCUUGUUUUUUACCCAGCUUCCUACAUGAACCAUUGUGUAAAUUACUGAAAAAUUGUGCCAACACUGAAAGUCCAUUCACAGUUCUUGAAAUACUUACUUGUACUUCCGUAUAGCUUACUUCUUAAGCUAAAUAAGGUACAUGGUGGAAUUUUGCAGCAUGAUGGAAAACAGUCUUUUGGUGGUGUUCACAGUGAAGCGAUUUUAUGAACAUCCCUAGUCUACUACAUUUGUUGUGACAGAGAAUUCUGUAUUGUGGUGGAGUACUUCAAUAUUGUCUACUAUCAUGCUUCAUUUUCUGCUAUACCAGUUUGAUCACUGCUUUGUAGUGAGCUAAAAAAGCAUUUCUAUACUGAAACUUAGAAAUAAAGUCUUUGAAAGAAAAUACACUGAACUAUUUUAGCAACUGGAAUUGAUUAUCUUUUUUUUUUUUUUCCCCCAAAUUGUUUUCCUUGUAUUGAAAUAAUGGGGAACUUCUAAUAUAGAUGCUAUAUUUACAUUAUUUUAUUUAGUAAGUGUUCAGUAGGUGGAGUUCUGCUUUAUUGUUUUUAUUGACGCUGGCUCCAGGUUUCCAAAAGUAAUGGAAGGCAAGUCCUCUUGUCAAAACUUUUUGCAAGAGAAGGAAUAAAUGUGUGAUGUGAAGGAAAAAACUGUAAAAUUACAUGCAAAUAAACUGAGGAGAAUAAAACAA